UUUAACGCUUAUCCAACAAAGACAAUAAUAAUUACUAUACUCGAUAGAACUCAUUUCUCUCGCAUGGCACGCUCAUGCUUAUAAACUAUUCAUCGAUAUAUUUGUAGAAAUGUAUCUCUUUUUUAGGAGUCAUAGUGGCAAUGUUAUCACGAACGAAAAAAAUUCUAGAGAGUGCCAAAGAAAUUACUGAAGCUAAAGGCGCUUCUAGUCAAAGCGAUACCUUAGAUUAUUAUACAACAGUAGAUUUAGAAAACGCUGUAAUUGUUUUUCAAGACGACUUAAAUCCUGCUUUAAAUGAAACAGUUGUUGAUGCCCUUAACGAAGUUUUAAGCCAGCCUGAAAACGACGUAGGUCCAGUUUUUAAUGACUUAGCAGAUUUAGAAGACAACCAAAAUGAAAUUCCAAACGUGUCGAACCUAUUUGAGGAUUUGGAUCAAUUAUUUCCAACUAAUGUAGCCACAAAUUCAACUUCUACUAAUGUUGACUUAAGACCGCAAUACUACAAAACUAUUAUUUACACUGUAGAGGAAGAAGUAUACGUACCAGAUAAGAACUACCAGAAAGCCAUUAGUGACGAUAGUGAAGUGGAGGAGGAUACGCAGUCAAAUAAAGAAAAUGAUGAAGAAUACAUACCAGACUCAAACCCAGAGAGUGAAGAAGAAAGCGAUAAUGAAGAUAUUCAACCGAACAAUACAAAUAUGGAACUUGAUAUAACCGAAGCCGACAACAAUAUUGAAGAAAACUUACAAAAACGGAAGCGAAAGAAAACCAAUCAACGACAGCUCAAUAAAAAAUUAAGGAUGGAAGGACAAGAUUAUUUAGGAUUCAGAAAAUAAAGAAAUCAAAAUA